UCAGAUAUGUGUCCAGACUGCACGCCUGCCAUUUCGUUGCACGUUGCAUGUCGCUUUGAUCUACAACCUAUGAUUGUGGAGGUGCUAGAUGUGAAUGUGGAAUCGACAGAGACACAAGUUGAAAUAAAUGUUCUAAGCCCUAUGCGAUCUAACUUUAUAUCUAAUGGCAGUCAAAUACAGUCUCUUCUUCGUUACGAUCAAGACCCCUGCCAAUGUCCACAAAUAUUACCCCUGAACUUGCCUUAUCUUAUGAUACCGACUCUUUACAUUGACAAUGAGCCGACUCUGGACUCUGGAUGUUACGUUGCAGAAUUUGAUAGCACACUAAUACAUAUACUUAAAAACUUGAUUGAAUCAAAUGAAGACUGCAACAAGUUUUUUGCCGACAUCAAAUCAAAACUUUACACCACUGGAAACAAUACUACUGAGAUAAACUAAUUAUAAAUAAUUAUUAAUUUUUGUACAACACUCAAUAAAAAAUGCUAUUGUCAAUGA